UGCACUUCCGGAAUAUCCACGCUCCGUGAAGUAAUAUGUGCUCUUUUAAAAACCUUAGUCGUUUAUGACUAUAAUUUUAUGGUUGGGGUGAAUAUUUUUCCUUUGUAGAAAGUUUAGGAUCAUAUAAAGUACAGCGGUUGAUGAAGACUUAUGCAGAUUCAUAAGGAGUUAUUUUGCUAGAAUCUGAUGCAAUAUGGCAACAAUACGUCUGACUUGUAGUCUCAAACGGAUACUCACAAGGAAUCGCAUCGAGACUGGUCAGCAACCAGACUUGUCGAAUCUGAGGCUUGUGCGACAUUUUUCCAAUGCCACUUCUGAGAAACGAACAAACGUAAACGCACAUGUACUUCAAGGUACGGUGCCAAAUGGAAGUACAGGAGGCAAUACUAGUGGCAGUUCAGUUCGGACUAGUUGCCUCGGAACAAUAGCUUUGGGACUGGGAGUUGGAGCACUCUUGUACGGAAUAAAAGACGAGCACAAUGACGUUUUUCAGAGAGCAUGUGUUGUCAGAGACACUUUCCUCGAUCACAUCGUGCCUACAGCCCACUGUGCGUCCCCGUUGAAGCCUGACAGUCCAAGGUAUAAAUACAACUUUAUUGCAGAUGUCGUGGAGAAGUCAGCACCUGCUGUAGUGUACAUCGAAAUCAUAGGACGGCAUCUAUACUCUGGCCGAGAGAUUGCCAUCUCUAAUGGCUCUGGCUUCAUCAUCAGUAGUGAUGGCCUAAUAGUGACCAAUGCCCAUGUAGUAGCCAACAAGAGAGGCGUCCGUGUCAAACUUGCCAAUGGGGAGACCUACAAUGCCACUGUACAGGCAGUGGACCAGGCUGCAGAUAUUGCAACUAUUAAAAUAAAUGCCAAGAAUUCUUUACCGACAUUGCAUCUUGGCCGGUCAUCAGAUGUCCGUCAGGGAGAAUUUGUGGUUGCCAUGGGGAGCCCAUUUGCCCUGCGGAAUACUAUCACAUCUGGCAUAGUUAGUUCUGCUCAUAGAGGCAGUAAAGAAUUGGGCCUGGCCAAUGGCAACAUGGACUACAUACAGACUGAUGCAGCCAUAGAUUUUGGGAACUCGGGUGGUCCUCUUAUUAAUUUGGAUGGUGAGGUCAUUGGCGUUAACACCAUGAAGGUGACUGCUGGGAUUUCCUUUGCCAUACCCUCUGACAGACUUCGGCUCUUCCUCGAGCAUGCAGCAGAUAAAAAGAAGUCCUGGUUCAGUGAAUCUGACACCAAACGGCGCUACAUAGGAGUGAUGAUGUUGACUCUCACACCCAGUAUAAUCACUGAGCUGAAGAUGCGGGACCCCUUGUUCCCGGAUGUAACUCACGGAAUCCUCAUUCAUCGUGUGAUCACCGGCUCCCCAGCUAAAAGGGCAGGUCUAAAGCCUGGGGACAUUGUUGUAGAGGUCAACGGGGUGAAGGUAAACACAUCUGAAGAGAUCUACAAUGCUGUUCGGACAAGUGACAGCAUCAACAUGGUGGUCCGCAGGGGUCAAGAUCUUCUGAUGCUGCAUAUGAUCCCUGAGUUCACAGAGUAACAUCAAGAUGACUCAGCAUUGGGUAGUUGCAGGAGAGAAAUUUACAAAAGGGAAAAAUUAAGUGGCCAAAGAUAGGGAUUGUGGCAUUUGAUUAUAGAAAUAGUUUGUUGCUUCCGCAAAGCUGAAUAUAUUAACAAAGCUGAUAUCUAUGGAGGGCCUUCUGUUAAGAGACUACUUGUAUGUAAAGUCACUGAUGGCAUAAAACGUGCUGUGAUGCUCACAAAAUCAAAGUACUGUACCAGUGGAAAAGGAGGAGCAUAAGAAAACCGAAGCAAGGAUUCAACCCAUGUGGUCUUCUUGUUUGACAUUGUUUGUUCAAUGGUCCAACCUCCAGUUACAAUAUGUAUAACACUGAAGGUAGUGGCAUUUCAAUUUUGUCUACCUCUGUAUACGUGAACAAGUAUUUUACUGCUGCCCUCUGCUUUUAGUGUUGGGCAUCUCCAAUAGCUUGAUUAUUCACAAUAUUUCAGCUGAAACCAUUACAUUUGAGACCAUUUUUUCAUUAAAAAAAAAAUCACUUCUGGUCUUGUGACAACUAAA